GCGCGUUGUGCGCAUGAUGUUUUGAUUCAGCCUGCUGUCAGGUUCACAGCCCCCCAAGAUUGCAGUUUUCAUCUCGACAACAUGCCAAAAGUGUGAUCUAGUUGCGAAAUCGACGUUGAUCGACGGAAUGUACUAUUAGUGCGCGUGGCUUGCAAGCACACAAUCAUAAUGUGGGCCAGGACGGUGUUUUUACGCAAGUCGGCAGCACCCUUGCUGGCCAAAAGGUGGUGUCAUCCCGCUCAGAAUGCCAGGCCAUCGGGUCGAAAGGGCAAGGUGGCCCUGGCAGUGAUCGGUGUGGGUGUGGUUGGCUGCACGGCCUACUAUCACACCCUUGAAGAACAUGAGAAGAGGACGGUGAGGGUCGCCUUCGGAGGAGUUGGCAGGUUUUUAAGAUCCUUGAAAGUUGGCAUGGCCAUUUCGGUGGACUACUGGUGGAGCACAUUUGGUGUGGAGGAGGACGACCCCAAAUAUCAAAGCCUGAUGGAUGGCGCUCACGAAAGGUCCGCUGCAAGACUGCUCAAAGGAUGCCUUGGUAACGGCGGGCUCUACAUCAAACUGGGCCAGGGCCUCGUCUCUCUGAACCACAUUUUGCCUCCACAAUAUAUUUCCACUCUCAAGGUGCUACAAGAUAAGUGUUUAAUGAGAGGUGUGGAUGAAGUGCAGCAGCUGUUCAUGGAGGACUUUGGCAGGAGCCAUAACGAGGUGUUCAAAGUGUUCGACGAGACCCCGAUCGCAGCGGCUAGUCUGGCUCAGGUGUUCCGGGCUGUGACACAUGAUGGCCAGUCGGUGGCCGUCAAGGUGCAGUACAUCGACUUGCAGGAACGCUUCCACGGCGACCUGACCACCGUCAGCAUCCUGCUCAAAUUAAUUGGCUGGAUGCACCCCAAAUUUGAACUCCACUGGGUUCUAGACGAGCUCAAGGGCACUUUGCAACAGGAGCUGGACUUCUUGCACGAGGGAGAAAACUCUGAAAAAUGCGCUAAAGACUUGCACCACUUGCCUUUUAUUUAUGUUCCUAAAGUCCAUUGGAGUCUCAGCACUUCGCGUGUGCUGACAAUGGAGUUUUGUGAAGGUGCCAAAAUUAGUGAUAGACCCGCUCUUGAAAAGAUGGGACUGAGCCUUGCUGAUGUAGACACAAAAAUGAUCAGUGCUUUUGCUGAGCAAAUUUUCCACACUGGCUUCGUCCACGCGGACCCACACCCAGGCAAUAUUUUAGUGAGAAAAACAAAAAGUGGUAGUGCAGAGCUAGUCCUUCUAGACCAUGGCCUUUAUCAAGAGUUGCCCCAGAAGAUCCGUAAAUCUCUUGGGAACAUGUGGAGGUGUAUUGUGAUGAGGGACUACCCUGGAAUGAAAUUGUUUGCAACGCAGCUGGGUGUGCAAGAGUCAGACUACCGACUGUUUUGCAUCGCAGUCGGCCAGCGUUACAUACCCCCUCAGCGCAAUGAGGAAGACAUCCUCUCGCUCUUUUUCGACUCCAAGGGCAGCCAGUUGAUCACGCAGGCGAUGCUGCGCAAACUGCCCGCCGAAACGAGGGAGCGCGCGCGCACCGAAAUGCUUAAGCUGCACGACAAGAUUCUUGAAAUGUAUCGCGGCAUUCCGCCCAAGCUGAUGCUAAUCUUUAGGAACAUUAACACAAUCAGGUCGAUUGCAAGGGAGCAUGGUGAUCCAGUGGACAGGUACACCUUGAUGGCCAGGUCUGCCUCUCAGGGUGCUUUUAAGUCAGACAACCCCAACAUCCGACAACGCUUUCGAGGGCUUCUAAUGAGGACAAACUUUGAAAUACAUCUCAUGGUGGAAGCAAUCAAGAUUCGCAUCACGCGCUUCGUUCUUCGCUUGUUGGCACUCAUUGGAAGGGCAGAGUUGAAGGUUUUACUUGCUGAUUUGCACUGAUUCUUGCUCUUCUUCAAGAAAUAAUAAUUGUGACUGUGACUUAUUCUUUCUAGAAUAUAUUAUGCUCCCAGAAAUGAAAAUAUAUAUUUUUAAAGCAUUUAUAAAAAUGCAUCUAUUCCUGAUCAAUCUUUGUGCAAAAUAAAUUGCUACCGUUCACAAAGAAAUAGUGAAAAUUAAUUCUGCAAACCAUCCAGCCAUGUUAAAUUAUAGUGGCCAUAACAGCAAAGGGGUCAAAUAUUAUGAGUUAAAGUCUUGUCUCUUUGUUGUAAAUUUUUUAAGGGUGGCAAGGAAUAUAAUUGAAAUUCUUACUCAUAGUAGCAUAUAAAUUAAAUUAAAUUACCAUUAAAAAUAUAUAUAAAAGGAAUAAUUUUUUAACAAUUAAAAGAGAUUUUGCAACAAAUUUCCUCAAAUCAGAUACAUAAUUUUUGUUUCCAUGUAUAUUAAUAAGAUUAGAUUUGAAUAUUUAUUGGACACCUACUUCGGUGUAGAAUAACAUGAAAUAUACAUUAAGUUUUCAAUAUUUAAUGCUUUUUGGCCUUCCUGAAAUUUAAUGGAUUUAAAAGCUAGUGAUUGGAGGGAAGCAGUGAAAAUUGGUAUGAGUGGGAGAGAACCAGAAUUUCUAUCCUGUUUCGUCAUUUCCUCAGAGCUCUCAGCAGGGUUAUUUAUUUUUCCAGUUAAGCUUGGACGUGAAACAGAGUUGCCGUCGAAACUGCAUUGAUUAUAUUACACCGUUCUGAAUAUUAUGAAACUGGUAAUUCUUACUUGAGACUAAUCGCUAUUAUUUAAUUCAUAAUAAGUGAAUUGAAGUACUCGUACAUUAUGACAAUUAUAUAUUUUUUUACCAAAUUAGCUGAUAGCUGUGUCUGUGGCGUCAGUGUGCGCUACAUUAUUGUUCGUUGCGCACGCACAAGAUGCCUCUGCGAGUACGACAGUGGCCCCAGCCUCUCUUUCUGACUCGACCUCGCAAGUGACCACGGCCACUGUCUUCUUUCCCUGGCUGAAAAACCGACGUCGCAUUCGAAAAAUGAACGUAAGAAGGAGGUCUACAACCCCUGCAGUUGCAGAUCAGCAAUCAUUUGGAUUGGGAGGCGCUGAUCAGAAAAUGUCCGAUUUGAAGGGCCUCAAUGCAAUGGACAGGGAGAAGGUUGACCCACGCGCCACCCCAAAGUACCGUCGGGCGAAAAAUGAUCGGCUAACCUUUGACCAAGAUGAAGUAGUUGCUCCAGUAAAAAGCGAAAAGAUGGUAGCCCAGUGAAAUGCCUAUUAUUGCGCUUCCGUUUCAAUCAAAGCAUGCAAGAGACUAUUAAAGUUUUUAUUAUUAUAACGCUUUUUCAUAUCUAUAUAUUACAUAAUAUAGCUUAUUAAAUGUAUUUCAACUCUUGCAAGGUUCGGAAAUACGGCGGUCGUUCCCAUUUUUUCGAUAUUCUAGAAAUUAAUAUUUUGCUUCAUAGCCAAUCUUCAUCUCCCUGCCGCCAAGCAGAGCAAAAUUGUCUGGCAGAAUAAUCACACGUUAAAUGCUCCUCGGUCGCUUUAGAACCUUGCAAUUCCAGAUCUGGACUAGCAACAGCAGAAGUUAAAGUGAAACUAUUUUAUGCGUUUUAUAUUAUUAGUUGAUUACAAUUAUAUACGGGGCUGUGGAGUUACUUUUAUUUCCGAGAUCAUGCAUUAAUUUAUUUCUCCCAUUUAUAUUAAUUAUAUCAAUAAAAAUAUUUCUAAGCUUAGUUUGGCUGGAGCAAUUUUCUAGAAUUUUGCAAUCAACUAAUCGUAACACAUUUUCCAGGAAAAUAUUGUUGAAGCAUUCAAUGCACCAAUAAAGUGUUUGUUUUACUCAGA